GAGGGGGUGGUCAUCUCAAAUCCGAUCGACGGGCCCGUCGGUGCAGCAGCUGAGUAUGAUUUCUUGACUUCUUGCGUAUUUAUGACCAGCAACCUGGAGCCCAAUUCAACCCUCCAUGGCCGCUUCUCUCAGCUCUUCCUUCUCAUUUUUCGUUCUCGCGCCGCGGUAGUCUCAAAAUCUUGAUCGCAUCUCAAAUCUGUCGUUUGUUGGUACUUACCUACUUCCGAUGCGAUUGAUCCAAUCCAACAAGAGGCUGAGCGGCGUCGACUCCAGAGCAUGUCGCAAAGAGCAUGGAGCCGAGGAGUUCCACUCGACAACCAACCAUCUCCUGAUCUUCCAAUCAGUCCACCACUGGACCACUAUGAGAUGUCACUUCGACCCAUCUCUACGUUGUCACGACUGACCGACGAGGAGACAUCUUGGGACAGGCCACUACUGUCCAGUCGAACCAAGAGUGUUGACGAAGAAACUCAGCGCUCGAGCGGCGGGCGGAUGAGUGACUGGUCAUAUGCAAAAGUUACGACAGAUCCCCGAGAUCAAUACGAUGACGGGCUAGGACCUGCACAACACCGAGACAAGCAGGAUGCCAGGCCCAGAUUGCCCGACAUUGAAGGUUCGAAGAUCUCCAAACCCAUCACUCGAACUGAAUGGUCACGCUAUUUCAACGGAUGGAUCGUCCACCUCCCUGCCAUACUUGUAACUGUAGCGGUUCUACUCAUUGGAUCAAUACAAUUCUACUGGUACCCGGAGAUAGGCCCGCUCGUCAGCGGUUACCGACUGGACACCGAUGUCAUCAGCAAUGUGCUCCAGUUUGUAGCUAAAUUACACGAACUACUCAUCGUGGCAUCACUAUCUUCUAUUGCUCUUGCGGUGUAUCGAAGGCGUCUCGUCACAACUGGUAUACGGUUAGGCUUUCUCACGGGAGGAUACCGAGUCGGCGAUCUCAACUACCUCAGAACUUCGUCAUUCCGUCGCCAAGGUCUCAACAAGUCAAAUCCCGGGGAGAUGCUCCUUCCCGGAUUCCUUGUCUUCGCCACCAUCCUUUCGACCAUCGUUGGACCAGCAUCUGCGGUUUUACUCCUGCCUAGCUUGGGUUGGUAUGAAUUUGGCACAAGUUCAGCAUUCAGUAAGAUCGAGCCGCCUUUGCUGUACUGGUGGAAUCGAAAGGCCAUAUGGUUCAAAGCUCCUUUCAGCGAGUACUCGGAAUGCCAAGGACCUGCAGGGGUAUAUCGAGACUAUUGUCCAGCUGGCGGGUUCUCUGAAAUCUCGAGCUGGGUACGGGACUAUGCCGCCACCGACUUAACCAACAAUCUCACAUUUCACUCCACAUCAUCAGAAAUCAGGCGCCAUUUAGUAUUCACGCAAGCCGACGACAAGCCCAACACCCCCUCGACAACGCUUACCACAACCCCAUCGCACUUCCUUAUGACCAGUAUUGGCCUCUUCCAAAAGUUCAUCCAUAGCUCCGACGUUGGCGCCCUAUCCAGCGAGCCGCGCUAUCGACUUACAGCCAAAGGAGGCGCCAAUGUCAAUUCACCUACUGGAGAAGGGACAGGGUUGUAUCAGCCAUUUGUACAAUCCAGAUGUACGAUACACGAUAAAGGGUACUUGGAGAAUACUCCAGGAUCUGUCAGCUUUCCAACUGAGUUCCUCAACUGCUUUGAUGACGCUGAUUGUCUCCAAUCCAAACAAACCCCUAUGCAGUUCAACGAGUCGGCAUGGCUGCACAACGAAGACCUCGAAAACAUCUCAGCCUCAAGCACUUUCUUUUUGGGCAAAGAAAACUCAACUGUGGUGCACCUGAACGGAAUGAUCCCCGACGCAACAUCGGGGGAAUCGAGAAACUUGGUCUAUAUUUGUAGCUUGUAUGCAAGCUGGGCGCCGUCCAACUUCUCAAUGGAUCCGAGCAUCAGUGACAGUCUUCAAUCAACAUUUAGCAGCGACAGAAGCAUGAGAGACAUGUAUCACAGCAAGAGUCACGACGAUAUCCGUGUCAUAAGAUUCAGAUCGAAUUGGUUCAGAUCGCUCAACCCACACUGGAAUACCUCAGCCACGGCCACCACCUCGGGUAUCAAUCAAAUUAUCCUCAACUUUUCCAUGGACGAGACACUGAAUGGGAAAGAGGUGAAAGUUUUGGCCCCUGUCGAUGGUGCGAAUAACACAGCAUCAGAAAUAUUCCUAGCCAAAGUCUUUGGGGUUUACCUUGCCGAGGGCCUGGCACGGAACAGUCUAGAACAAAGGACCAGGAUCAAGCUAAACAGUACCGACACUGAGGUGACUUAUCUCGACUUGAACGAGCAACAUGGCUACCGCGGAGGUGUUCACAAAAUUACACCUCACAACAACACACAUCUUCAGGAUGAGUGGAGGGACAGGACGACCUGGCGCAACACAACUUUUGCAGAUUUCACUGAAGUGCUCAACACAGCUUUACCGAUUAAUUUUACUGCGGAGCGCUACGGAUACGGUUCAGGACAAGGCCGCAAAACGUUGGAAUUUGCCCAGGUGAUGAUGCUGAUCUACCUCGGCAUCAUUGCCUUCUACGCCGCGACAGUUGGAACUGGAUACGUGCUGGAGCUUUUGAAGGUCAAUUCAGGUGGAGAGCGAAUCCGGGUCUUGAGCGUGAUACCAUGGUCAGAUUUGCAAGAUUUGAUCAUACUCGCACUCAAGACGCCGCCUCCAACUGAUGACGAUCUGACUGCUGGGGCUGGUGUCACCUCUGACAAAGUGUGGGAGAAGGUAGUGAGAGCGGAGUCUGACGAUAAACGCAAUAUUCAACUAGCAUUUAAGGAGACAACACAUACGAGGAAGCUAGAUGUUAGUCGGAAGGAGCGGUAUUAUUGAGAAUUACCUUUAUUGGUUUUGUUUGGUUUUACUUUUUUUAUUUUUUUAGCAAGGUUUAGGUAUCAUCUUGCUCUUGAAAUCUGAGUUCCUUUCCCAUAUCAUUUCUAGAUACCUUUACUCUAGCUCUUAUUAGCUUAUGCAGACACAUUUUAGAAGCCUCAAGGAGUACAUCCACGCUG